AUGAAGCAAUCCUUUUAAAUCAAAUCUGAAAUUCAGCUUUAUUUUGAGCUUGCGUUCUUGGGUACGAGUUCAGUUGGCAAGACUUCACUCAUAAAACAAUAUGAAAGAAAUGAAUUCUCAAUGAAAUCGAUGAGUACGGUGGGAGUGGCAUAAUUUAAGACAGUUAUAAUAAACAACCAAGAUGUGAAGGUGCAACUGUGGGAUACUGCAGGAUAGGAGAGAUUCAGAUCACUAACUCAGAAUUAUUAUCGAGGUUGUGAUGCAAGAUUCGAUCAAAUUAAUAGUUGGAUUGCAGAUUUCGAUGAUAAAUGUGAAAGACCAGCAAUUAAAAUGUUAUUGGGUAAUAAAAUAGAUAUGUAAACCAGAGAUGUGAGUACUGAAUUGGGAAAGGCGUACUCAAAAAGGAAGAAUAUCAUAAUUUAAGAGGUUUCAACCAAACAAAAAACACCUAUGUUGAAAUUGCCAUGUUGAAAUUAAUCGAAAUCUUAGUUUCUCAUAAGACAAUAGAAUCUGGAGACAAGAAUCAGCGUAGAGGAUCCAUGUUUGAAACCAAAUAAACUGUUUUUGAAGAUUCUCUCAUCAAUAAAUCAGC